GUGCUGCAAGUGCUGCCCCACCCCGCAGCCGCCGGACUGUCUUUGGUGCAGCUGGGCAUUGACGUGCCAGCAGCAGAAGCAAAGCUGCUGGCAAAGCCCCCCACGCCAGCAGCAGCAGCAGCAGCAGCAGCAGCAGCAGCGGGGGAGCAGCAGGAGGGAGACCAGCAGCAGCAGCAGCAGCAGCAGCAGCAGCAGGCGCUGCCGUGGGGCCUGCUGCUGCCCAGUGGGGGCGGCGGCUCCGAGCCCAUUACCUACGCCCUCUACUUGAGGGACCCAGAGAAGGAAGCAGCAGCAGCAGCAGCAGCAGCAGCAGCAGCAGCAGCAACUGCAGCAGCAGCAUCCAAGGAGCCGCCUCCAGCAGAGGUGGCCUACGACUUCAGGCGAGACUAUUUGUGGCAGGUAACAGCAGCAGCUGCAGCAAAAGUAGCAGCAGCAGCAGCGACAACAACAAAAACAAUAGCAGCAGCAGCAGCAGCAAUAGUAGCUGCAGCAGCAGCAGCAGCAGCAGCAGCAAUAGUAGCUGCAGCAGCAGCGCCGACAACAGCAAUAUUGGCGCCUGGCGCAUUUACUGCCCCUUCUUCAGGGUCCAGCGGAGCCUCUGAAAGGGCCGUGCUGCUGCUGGUCCCCCCCGAAGGUGCUGCUGAUGUUUGUUUGCUGCUGCCACUUGUGGGGCCCCGGCGGGUGCUGCUGAAGGCCGGCAGCAGCAGCAAAAGAGCUGGAGUUUUGGCCAGCAGCAAGCAGCAAGAAGCAGCAGCUCAAGAAGGAGCAGCAGCAACAGACGAGGACGAUGCAGAAGGGGGUGCCGAGAAGCCUCCUAGUGCUGCUGCUGAGGCGCCAGAAGCAGCUGCUGCUGCAGCAAAAGAAAACAAAGCCGAGCUGUUCAGCGACGGGGGAGAAGGCGAGGCCUCAGGAGCAACGGGGAGCAGCAGCAGCAGCAGCAGCAGCAGCAGCAGCAGCGAAGAUGAGGCCUCCUCCAACUCAUCCUAG